AGAGGGGGACAGAGGGAAGAGUCUGCAGGCUGAUCGCAGUCUCCUACAGUGAUCAGUGUACGGUGUAUGUUGCCAAACCGUGCUCAGUGACGAAAGCUGGAGAAGACGAAGACGCGCUGGCUCGUCGCGUGCUCAUUACCUUCCGAGAGCUCGGUUGGGAGAGGAGAUGGCUUAGCACGCCGGAGCCAGUCCCAGUCCCACAUGCAUGCAUGCAGAGGUGGAGUGAGUGAAGCGCUCGCCUCCUCGCCUCUCCCCGGACCUCUCAGUCUGCACGAUGAGCGUGGCUCUGCAGGAUCUGCGGAAUAACAUGUCCAACUACAAGCGUGCAACGUUUGAGGAGGAAGAGGGGUCAGACAUUCCAGCUGAUGGAGCCAUUUCUCCUGACAGUGUGGAGGUGGGUUUCCGGAAAGGUGGGAUCCAGCUGUGUGGUGGAUUAGGACGGAGGACUCAGCUGGAGAUCGUGUUGGCUGCUUUACUUGUGGCCUCUCUGUUAUCACUUUUUGCAUGUGCUAUUACCCUGGGAGUUCAUUACAAAAAUGAUCCAUCAUGUAGUCUGUGUCUGACUGAGGCUUGUGUGACAGUGGCCAGUAAGAUAGUGGAGUCUCUGGACCGCACAGUCGACCCAUGUCAGGAUUUCUACCAGUAUGCAUGCGGUGGCUGGAUUCGCAAAAACCCCCUUCCUGAUGGACGCUCACGUUGGAGCACCUUCAACAGCAUCUGGGACCAGAACCAGGCCAUGCUCAAACAUCUACUGGAGAACGGCACCUUUAACUCUAGUAGCGAAGCAGAGAAAAAAGCUCAGUUCUACUACUUGUCCUGUCUGAAUGAGCAGCGUAUUGAGGAGCUGGGAGCCCAGCCACUCAUCGACCUCAUCACGAAGACGGGGGGUUGGAACAUCACUGAGCCAUGGGAAAAGGAUAACUUCAUGGAAGUGCUGAAGACAGUCUCAGGCCCAUACAGAGCCCAGCCUUUCUUCACUGUGGGGGUCAGUGUGGACCCUAAAAACUCCAACAGCAACGUAAUUCAGGUUGACCAGUCCGGGCUCUUCCUUCCCUCCCGGGAUUAUUACCUCAAUAAAACUAAUGAAAAGGUUUUGAAGGCAUAUCUUGACUACAUGGUGGAGCUUGGAUUGUUGCUGGGAGGAGAUAAAAACUCUACCCAAAGUCAGAUGCAACAAAUUCUGGACUUUGAGACUGCACUCGCCAACAUCACUGUGCCCCAGGAUGAGCGCAGGGACGAGGAGAAAAUCUAUCACAAAAUCACCAUUGCUGAGCUGCAGGCACUCGCACCAGCUGUGGAUUGGCUGGACUACCUGACCUCUGCCCUUUCACCCCUUGAGCUCAAUGACACAGAGCCGGUAGUUGUGUAUGCCAAGGAAUACCUGCAACAGGUCUCGGACCUCAUCAACAAGACUGACCGCAAUUUGCUGAAUAACUACAUGAUUUGGAAUCUGGUGCAGAAAGGAGUGUCCAGUCUCGACCAGCGCUUCGAGAACGCCCAGGAUAAACUACUGGAGAGUCUAUAUGGCACCAAAAAGUCGUGUACUCCUCGUUGGCAGACCUGCAUUGGAAACACAGACGACACCCUGGGUUUUGCGUUGGGCGCGCUGUUUGUUAAAGCCACCUUUGACAAACACAGCAAAGAGAUUGCUGAGGGUAUGAUCAAUGAGAUCCGAACUGCUUUUAAAGAGGCUUUGGAUAAUCUCAGUUGGAUGGAUGAACAGACACGACAAGCUGCCAAGGACAAGGCUGAUGCCAUCUAUGACAUGAUCGGUUUCCCAGACUUCAUCCUGGACCCCAAGGAGCUGGAUGAAGUGUAUGAUGGGUAUGAUGUCUCGGAGGACAACUUUUUCCAGAAUAUGCUCAACUUCUACAACUUCUCAGCCAGAGUGAUGGCAGACCAGCUGCGCAAACCUCCAAACAAAGACCAAUGGAGUAUGACUCCUCCUACAGUGAAUGCAUACUACAUGCCCACCAAGAACGGUAUUGUGUUUCCUGCUGGAAUCCUACAAGCGCCGUUCUAUGCUCGGGACCACCCCAAAGCACUAAACUUUGGGGGCAUUGGUGUGGUCAUGGGACAUGAGCUUACUCAUGCUUUUGAUGACCAGGGCAGAGAGUAUGAUAAGGAUGGAAAUCUUAGGCCAUGGUGGCAGAACUCUUCAGUAGACGCGUUUAAGAACCGCACAGAGUGCAUGGUGGAUCAGUACUCUCAGUACACCAUCAAUGGAGAACACAUAAAUGGCAAACAAACCCUGGGAGAGAACAUUGCAGACAAUGGAGGCUUAAAAGCUGCCUAUCAUGCUUACAGGUCAUGGGUAAAGAGGAAUGGGGAGGAGAAAAGACUCCCUGCAGUCAAUCUGACCAAUGACCAGCUCUUCUUUGUGGGGUUUGCACAGGUUUGGUGUUCUGUUCGGACACCAGAGAGUGCUCACGAGGGCUUAAUGACAGAUCCUCACAGUCCACCCAAAUACCGUGUCAUUGGCACACUGUCUAACUCUCCUGAAUUUGCGCAGCAUUUCCAGUGUCCACUGGGCUCACCCAUGAACUCAGGCCACCGCUGUGAGGUGUGGUAAGAGCAGAAACAGCAGGUCCACCGGUAUGCUUUGCUUCGAACAGUUGGCCGGAUAGACUAUACCUUUUCUCAAGCACUGGACUACUUCUUCUUUUCAUAAUCUACAAGAAAAAUGUAAUAUUGCUGGAUAUGAAGCUGAUUUUUGAUGGGUAGUGCCAGAGCCAGAAGGAUAUACAGAAUCAGCCAUUGUUUGUUUAUCCAGCAACUGAUGUCUCACUCCCCUUCUGCACGGCCACAAAAGCCCACAUGGGGGCUGUCCUAUUUAUUAUUUGCUGCACUUGAACCUAUGUGGGGUAUAAUGACAAGUUUUUUAUGCUUGUGUGGGGUUUUUUUGUGCUUCAGAUGGACACGCCUCAUUCUCCCCAAACCCUGUGAUGUCAGAAUGAGCACCUCAUCUCACUUUGACCUCACAGGAAACCAGGAAACCUUUGAUUCCGUCUGUGACCUCACAGGAAGUGCCAUACUAUCUCAGUUUUUUCACAGGAAGCAUUAGGACCGGGAACUGCUGAGCUUCAUCUGCCUAGGAGCCCAGAGGAAGGAAGUGACAUCAUGCUUCUCUGUAUUAUAAUUUUGCCAAGUGGCUUACAGCUGGUGGUUACCCUGUGAUGGAGGACGGCCGCUACUCUGUCAUCCAACCUGUGUAUAACUGCCAUUCGCUUAUUCACAUGUUGACAAAGUUGAGGUGACCUGGUUGUUUGAAACUGCUCUUUUGCCAAAGAAUGUUUGGGAUUUGUUUUUUUGUUACAUGUGUUCUUUAUGAAUGUGUAGAAAAGAAAAAUUGCUUUUGCUCUAUAGAAUCAUGAGGUGUGUGUGUGUGUACACUCUUGUUCAUUUUAAAGUCUGUGAAGUUUCUCGUUUUGUGUUGAACCUUCAAUGAUGUCUAGCCUGCUUAAUUCAUUUCAAAAUAUUAUAAACUUUAUUUUAAGAACCACUAAAGGAAAGGUGAUGCUCUGCCGGAGAUGCUUUUCCAAUCCUCCUUGACGACGUUUCAGGCUGCAUGAGUGAAGUGUAGAGUAAUGGUUAGACCAACCCUUGAAUUGCUGCUGAGUGCUAUUCUGUCUGUGAUGUACAGUUUACAUUCUUUAGUCUUAUAACGAAGUGCAGUGCGUCACCAUAAAAUAUCAACAUAGUUAACAAGCGAGUGAGACGAAUGCUCUUUCUCAUGAAUUAUCACUGAUUUCUCAUUCUAACUGCUCUCUAUACAAAUGGAUAUUUAGCAGGUUUAGGAUUUUGGUUGCUUUAAAUGAGCAGUCAGUAAUUUGGCAUGCAUUAACCUGAAUGUUGGGUUCAUGAACUGAUGAGCAAGAAGGAAGGAAAACCGAGACACUUUCUUGUUCUUACUGGUUGGAUGUUUCAGAAAUGGAACAUUUUGUUUUUCCACUUUCUGAAAAUUAGGGCAGCCAGAGGCUGGAGCAGAUGUGUUUUAUACUCCUUUGCCAAAAAUGACAAAAAAAAAAAGUGUUGCAAUUUAACCACUGACUCCACUUUUAAUGGCAUUAUGUUUAAGAAGUGCAUUGACUAACCAGCUCAUGGUUUAGAAACAGGAAUUUCACUAGCCAUUGCUCCACCACCUCUUCAGCCCAAAGAAAACUGACGGUCUGUUUUAAAGCUGCUGAUAUGACUUUCACUCAUUCACAGCCCCUUUAAGUGAAACACUCUAGCUCUGUCACACUCUGAAAAGUUAGUGCUAUACCACUGAAUUGUUUGAGUCUGAUAAUCGUAUAAUCCACACUUUGUGUCUGGUACAGUGUUAGCUGUGCUGUUUCGUCUGUUGCUGUUUUUCUCCAUCAUUUGUUCAAACAUAAGGCUGGGAUUGUAAAAAUCUGUUCUGCUGUUCUGUCCUACCUGGAAGAGGUGUCACGUCACUCCACCUGCCUUAUAAUGCAUUUCGGCUGCAGUGUCUGUGUCUCGGUGUCGGUGGAUCCUGAGUUUGUCAGCUUCUUAAUGACAGGUCUGCAAUCUCAGGCUACUGUUUUGUCAUAUUGAACCUCCAUCGUUCUGUGCACUUAAAGAAACCCCAUUCACAGAGCAUUUCUCUGCCUGCUUUUGUAGGCAUGUUUUUGCUUAUAACACAUGCUCUCUGAUCUCUCUGCUGAUAUUGACUAUCUGGGAAUAAAGCUUCACAGUUUAAACAUCUGAAGAGUAAAAUCUAGAAAUGUCUACAUGAUAUGAUCUAAAUGGAACUUUGACGCGCUUGAGAGUCUUUAAAUAGACAGAAGCGUUCUCUUUUGACCUCCAUGUUUCCUUUACCAGCCAGUGGUUGAUCUCCUUGGUGUGAAACAGAUUAUUACCAGCUUAUUUUUAAAGAUUAGACAGGGUUUAGUUUACCGAAACACCCAGUAAAUGAAGGGCAGUACCAGGCUGAGCCUUAUGCAGAGUGUGUCAUGGAGAAAAGUGUCCAUUAACAAAUGUCUUUAAUUCUCAUUGGUCUGAUUUCAUCGUCAUCUACACACACAUAAGGUUGUUGGUCUGUAAUUUUUGUAUUUUCUUGUUUUUUUGUUUUCACAUAUGUAUUUUGAUGUUCUAGCAUUAUUUAAGUCACCAAGUGAACAUUUUCGUAACUGAAAGUCUACGUUAAUACAUCAUUAAAAUGUAUGGGGUUACACUGAUUGCUUUUUAGUUUAUUUGACAAAAGUGCAUUCUGUCUGAGGACAUGCUGCCCAGCCUAUAGUGCAACAUUCCACAUCAAGAAGUAUCAAAGAAACUGAAAUAAAGAUUAUAUAUUAUAAAAACC